GACUUCUUACCAGAUUGCAGACUUCAGCUCCCACAAUACGAACUCUAUCAUCAUCGAAUUCCUUUUCUCAAAACAUUCCAAGCUGUUUGUGGAAACUGGGUCGACUUAAUCACGUAGCGAUCGCAGUACCCGAUUUGGAGAAAGCGCAGUCCUUGUACAGAGAUGUGUUGGGCGCACAGGUGAGCGAGCCCGUUGCUCUUCCCGAACACGGUGUCUACACUGUUUUUGUGGAGCUGGGAAAUACCAAGCUGGAACUUCUACAUCCUUUAAGAGAAAAAAGUCCCAUUGCAAGUUUUUUGCAAAGAAACAAGACUGGAGGAAUGCAUCACAUCUGCAUUGAGGUUGAUGACAUAAAAGCGGCUGUGACAGAACUGAAGAAAAAAAAGAUACGGAUAUUGAGCGAAGAGCCAAAAAUAGGUGCACAUGGCAAACCCGUGAUUUUUCUUCACCCUAAGGAUUGCCAUGGAGUCCUUGUGGAACUUGAACAAGCUUGAGCUGUAAUAUUCAUAAAUAAAACAAUAGAUUGGUUGUGAAGUUUACUGAGCUGGUGCUGGGAAUAUUGAUGUGGCGUUCUGUCUUCACAAGUUCGCUGUAGUUCCACCUUCUGAGUACUGAAAUAGAGCUACACAUUU